AUGUCGAACAAACGAGCUGCAGAUGGUCCCGCGGACUCCUCUUACCCGGCGAAACGAAGCAAAAAGGGCCAGGACGAUGACGACUACGUAGAUGUGGACAACUUCCAAGAAGUCGAGAUCGAGUCUCCGCCGGAAACUCCUCUCGUCCCGCGUGGUGCGACCAUCAAUUUCACGGCUCUUACUCGCAAACUUGCCGAUGCACGAGGUCCGAGGGAUGGCGAGGAUGGCGAGGGGUCCAGUCUAAGUGCACACAGAAGGCAGCAAGACGCUCUCGUGUCGCAUAUAUUCCAGCAGCUGGACUUCUCCUGGCUGCACCUGAAGCUUGAUCACGCUUCUCGGCCCAUUUGGAUCAGCCCAGAAGAUGGUCACAUCAUCUUGGAGGCGUUUUCACCCAUUGCCGAGCAAGCUCAAGACUUUCUCGUCGCCAUUGCUGAGCCAGUCAGCAGACCUGCGUUCAUUCAUGAAUACAAGCUUACAUCCUACUCUCUCUAUGCCGCCGUGUCUGUUGGUCUACAAACGGAAGACAUAAUAGAAGUCUUGAACCGUCUGUCAAAGGUGCCUGUCCCGGAGUCCAUAACUACUUUCAUUCGAGAAAGAACACUAUCGUACGGUAAAGUCAAGCUCGUCUUGAAGCACAAUAAAUACUUCGUCGAAUCCAGCCAUCCGGAGACGCUCCAGUUCCUCUUGAAGGACGGGACUAUCAGGGGUGCGCGUGUGCACUCUGAAAAGGUGGACAACAGUAUCCGCGCAGCGACGUUCACAACCUCGAAAGCGCCAGUGAAGGGAAACCUUGUGAUCCCAGGUACCAAAGAAGCCGAGAAGAAGAACGACGCCAACGGCAAGGCUGGUAUCAACGGAAAGACCGAUGCGGAACUAUUCACAUCCGUCGUUGGAGUUGAUCAGGAUGAGGUCGAGGAAGAUGACGACAAUGUCCACGCCUUUGAAAUUGACGAUGGGAAGAUAGAUGACGUGAAGAAGCGGUGCAAUGAGCUCGAGUACCCCAUGCUCGAGGAGUACGACUUCCGAAACGACACUGUGAAUGCCAAUCUGGAGAUCGACCUCAAGCCAUCCACCGUCAUUCGGCCAUACCAAGAGACCAGUUUGAGCAAGAUGUUUGGAAAUGGUCGUGCGCGCUCGGGGAUCAUUGUCUUACCCUGCGGUGCUGGGAAGACCCUUGUGGGGAUUACUGCAGCUUGCACCAUCAAGAAGUCAUGCCUGGUGCUCUGUACCUCGUCGGUAUCCGUGAUGCAAUGGCGCCAACAGUUCAUUCAGUGGUCCAAUGUGACGGACAAGCAAAUUGCCGUCUUCACGGCCGAUCAGAAAGAAAAGUUCGCUGGGGAUAGCGGAAUCGUAGUCUCCACGUACUCCAUGGUUGCAAACACCCACAAUCGCUCUCACGAGUCCAAGAAGAUGAUGGACUUCUUAACAUCGCGCGAAUGGGGUUUCAUCCUUCUUGACGAAGUACACGUUGUCCCCGCAGCCAUGUUCCGUCGCGUCGUGACUACAAUCAAGGCGCAUUCAAAGCUCGGUCUCACAGCCACCUUGGUUCGAGAGGACGACAAAAUCGCGGAUCUGAACUACAUGAUUGGCCCGAAGCUGUAUGAAGCCAACUGGAUGGAACUUGCAGCCAAAGGACACAUUGCCAAUGUACAGUGUGCCGAAGUAUGGUGUCCCAUGACCCCGGAGUUCUAUCGCGAAUAUCUCAGAGAACAGUCGCGCAAGCGAAUGCUUCUAUAUUGCAUGAACCCACGGAAAUUCCAGGCGUGUCAGUUCCUCAUCAAGUACCACGAGGACCGGGGAGACAAGAUAAUUGUCUUCUCCGACAACGUUUUCGCUCUAGAGGCUUACGCCAAGAAACUCGGGAAGCUGUACAUUCAUGGCGGUACGGGCCAGACGGAGCGCAUGCGUAUCCUGCAACAUUUCCAACACAGCCCGCUUGUCAACACGAUUUUCUUGUCGAAGGUCGGCGAUACCUCCAUCGACCUGCCCGAGGCCACCUGCCUCAUCCAGAUCUCUUCGCAUUUCGGAUCUCGCCGGCAGGAAGCACAACGGCUGGGCCGCAUCUUGCGGGCAAAGCGGCGAAAUGACGAGGGCUUCAACGCCUUCUUCUACUCACUCGUCUCCAAGGACACCCAGGAGAUGUUCUAUUCGACCAAGCGCCAGCAAUUCCUGAUCGACCAGGGCUACGCCUUCAAGGUGAUCACCCACCUCGACGGCCUCGAGGACCUCCCCGACCUCGUGUACAAGACCAAGCCGGAGCAGAUCGAGCUCCUCUCAUCCGUGCUGCUCGCGAACGAGUCCGAGGCCGAGCUCGGCACGGACGUCCGCGCCGGCGAGGGCGACCUCGCGGGCACGAUCACCUCCAAGGACUUCGGGCUGCCGACGCGCAAGGCACCGGCGGUGCAGCGCACGACGGGCAGCCUCACCGCGCUCUCCGGCGCGCAGCACAUGUCGUACGUGGAGCAGAACAAGAGCGCGAACCGCAAGCUCGCGCGCGAGGCCGCCCCGCGCCACAAGCUGUUCGCGAAGCGCGACAAGGAAGCCGCCGCGGCGCGGAAGGAGGCGAGGACCACGACAAAGCCGGGCCCGGCUUGA